AGUUAGCUUUGACAGAUCCAUCGCAGGACGUGUUUUAUUAUGUAUUUUUCGAUUGGUGUAGAAACUUUUCACACAUUUUAAACACCAAUUCCAACAAAUUCAAAUGUAUUGUUAAAUGUUAAGCGGUCGAACAAUUUCGCGCGGCCCAAAGUGUAUAGAAACCAUUCCCAUACCCAUUCGACGACAAACCGAGUUCUCUAUUUUCUAUGUAAAGCGUCGACAAGUUGCCCAACACCCCGCCGGCAAGACAGCGAAUUACCAUUAAGGAACGCAAAACCAAAGAAAAUAUGUUGGCACGCAAAUCACAAUUGAGUCCGCGGACACCGCCGGUCCAUGAGCGCAUCGCGCUGCAGUGCGCCAGGAACAUCAGCAAGCUGGCAGCUGCUUUGCCCAAGCCGCGUACACGAUCCGGUUACUUGCCCGUGCUGGUGGAGCUGCGCCGUCCUGACGAGGAUGUCAUCUAUCGCUAUCAAGUGAACCUGCCGCCGAGCAGUCUGGAGCGGGACAAUCAGCAGAUGAACAUGGCCGAGGCGAAGGCGCUUAGUCAGCAGCUCAAGCUGCCGUGCCUCGUCCAUGGCGCCCAGGAGACUGACGCCAUGCCCCAAGCUCUGCUGCCGCUGGAAACAUUGGAUGGUGAGGCGCCGCAGCUGAUCAUGAUGCAGGAUGCUGUGCACGUGGUGCACAAUCGUCAGAGCUACGAGAACUUUGGCCCAACUCCCGCCAAGGAGGCCAUUUCCACGUUCCAUCACACGGCCUAUGCCAGCGGUGCGUCGAAGAUAACGCGCGACCAUUUCAUGGCCACGCUACACAAUGAGCGUCCCAGUCCGUUGCAGUUCGAACUGCUCUGGGCGGACCAGCACGAGGAUGACCUGGACGAUGAGGAACAAAUGCAGCCGCUCAGUACCUACGAGCCGCCGCCCAUCGAUCUACCGGCCAUGGCCCAGCCAUUUGCACUGCGUGAAGCUGAAGCUGAGCCGCAGUCGCAGUCGCAGUCGCAGUCGCAGUCGCAGCUGGAGCCAUAUAAUAUCUAUAGACAUAUUUCCUCAUCGAAAGCGCAGCCCGGCCGCUAUCAAAGCAACAAACAUCAUAACAAUCGACCGCAUCCAAAUGCCCAUCAGCUGACAGCGAGCCUGAGAGCUGAACCGCUGCCCUUAAAGGCGCUCAACGGAUACAAGCAGCCGCGCCGGCCCAGCAAAUACCACAGCUACGGCGCCGCCAACAGCAAUGGCAAAAUCGUUUAUCAGCAAAAGAGAUUCGGCAACAACUAUCGACUGGCGCAGAGUCAGUCGGCGAGCUAUUCGCCAUUCGGGCCCAAUGGCUACAAGCCGCAGACCUACGAGCCGGCAUUCUAUUGUGACUUCAAGGACUACAUCGCCAAUCAGCAGGAGACGCGGCAACGCAUCUACCUGCCCAAUGGCAAUCCCCAACAUUAUCGAAUGGACGGAACGUCGCCACUCUAUGCGCAUCUGCCGCGCAUUGACAACUACGGACAUCAGUUUGAUCUGCAGCGCGAGCUGCUACUGAGGCAGAAACUGGAACAGGAGCUCGACUAUCAGCGGCUGAUUGAGCAGCAAAAGUAUCAUCGCAUAUUUACAGAACCGGUGUCAACAUCGCAAGUGCCGCAAGAGCUGCAGUCGCUUUUCCACUGGGACUGCUGUCACCUUUGCCACACGGCUAUGCGAACUAUGCGCAACGCACUGGACCAUUACCUGUCGCGGACUCACCUGCGACGCGUGGACUCCUGGUUGAUACGCUACAGCUUUAUUAAGGGAAACCUGUCCGAGGAUAUGCUACGACAUUUACGCAGCUCGGGACCCGCCGUGCUGCACUGUGAUCUGUGCGAUCUGAAGCUGACCUCGGUCAUUCACGCGCGCCAGCACUUCUACGGACGGCGGCAUCGACUCGUGGAGCGGCACAUCAGCAAACCGAACGGCGAAGGUUACUAUGACAGAUCGGGCCGUUGGGUGCGCACCAAUGACAAGUGGCUGAUGUGCAAGCUGUGUGAUGUGAUUGUCACGUCGGAGUCGCAGCUUGCCAUACACAUGGCUGGACUGCGCCACCGCAAGCGCGAGCGCUCCAGCUGUCCAGCUUCCAUCUCGGAGCCGUUCGAUGGCAGCCACGUGUAUCGCAUCAAUGCAAACGGUUCGCUGGUGCCGCUGAAUCCGCUAGGCUACUACAUGUAUGCCGGUUACAGUAAGCCGGAUUUUCGUAAAUUAAACGAUCUGAAUGCCGCCUAUUACUGCGAGGUCUGCAACAUAACGCUAAAUCAUCUGAAGUCGGUGAAACAACACGAGGAGGGGCGUGUGCAUAGAAAGAGGCUGGAGAGGGUCACGCAGUAGGGCGGACCAGAAGGAGGGAGUGGUGUGUAUCAGAGAGUGAGUCUGCGUUUAAUCUUGUAUCUACGUAUUUAUCAAAGCUUAAGAAUGUAAGCAGAGUCCCCAGCCCCAAACCAGACAGAGGGCCGUGUGCUGUGCC